GCAUCACUCAGCUUCUCGAUGUGGCACUAGCCAGAAUAUAUCAAUUUAGUGAACAGAGUACUGUGCGCAGUUUUCAACGUAGAACGAAAAAUAUUAUAGUAAACUCGACGGAGUCAAUAAAAAUCUUUCGUAUUUCCUCGAUUGUCAGGAUGCUCUUUUUGAUAGGGCUGGGGUUUGGUGACUGCAAAGAUAUCACCGUAAGGGGCCUAGAAGCAGUUCGCCAAAGCAGCAAAGUCUACCUCGAAGCAUACACAUCCAUCCUUACGGUCGGUGCUGAGGAGCUGGAAAAAUACUAUGGAAAGUCAAUUAUACAGGCAGAUCGAUCGUUUGUCGAACAAAAGUGUGAUUCAAUGUUGCAACAAGCUCUCAUAGAAGAUGUUAGUUUUCUAGUUGUUGGCGAUCCACUCGCAGCGACAACACAUUCUGAUCUUAUUCUGCGCGCCAGGAAAAUGGGAGUCAAGACUCAGGUUAUUCAUAAUGCGUCAAUCAUGAAUGCGGUGGGAUGUUGUGGUCUGCAACUCUAUUCCUUUGGAGAGACCGUUUCCAUUGUACUCUGGCAAGACAAUUGGAAACCGACUAGUUAUUAUGAUAAGAUCGCUUCGAAUCGCCGUGCCGGGCUGCAUACACUGUGUUUGCUUGAUAUAAAAAUUAAGGAGCAGUCGUGGGAGAACCUAGCGCGAGCCCGUGACAUUUUUGAACCACCGCGCUUUAUGAGAGUCUAUGAAGCAGCACAACAGCUUAUAGAUAUCCUGGAUAUCCGCUCAGCCGAAGGCGCCACGGCGGACAGUUUAGCGUAUUCAGCUAAUAGUUUGGCAGUUGGUUUGGCAAGGGUAGGAACGGAUUCUCAACAAAUAGCUGCAGGGAGCUUGAGACAAUUGGCUGAUAGCGAAUUGACGUUAGGCAAGCCACUACAUUCUCUUGUGUUGCCCUCCGAGAAGCUUCAUCCAUUGGAAUGGGACAUGCUUGAGAUUUAUGCUAUUGACGAAAACUGGUUUUCUGAAAACAAGAGCAGAUACGUCAAGGACUGACUGUGGGCAGUCAGUGAAGACACUGGAAGACACUAGUGACCUUGACGACAACUACUGCAAGUAGCAGUGGGCCUAAUAUCAUCACGAUGACCGUUACAUGCUAGUACCUUAUUGUAAUGCAAAAGGCUGCAAUAAAUUUUCUGUUACGGUUCUAUCAAAA